UCUUCCCCAAAACUGAACACAGCAAGCAAGACAAAAUCAUCCAAAAGAGAAGGCAGAAGAAAACUCCAGCCAUGGCGCAGCAGCUCCUCCUCCUCCUCUCCGCUCCUUCAGGAACCUUCUCGAAGCCCCUCCCUUCUCCCUCCCCCUCCUCCCUCCACUGGCACCGUCUACUCUCCGUCUCCGCCGUUCGCGGGGUAGCCGCCGGGGCCUCCGCCCGCCGCGACCUGCUCCGAUGCAGAGUAAAGCGUUCAGGCUUGGUGGCGGAGCUGGAGAUUGCCAAGGAUAAGCAGCCGCGGAGCAGGCGCGCCAAUGGCAUCUUCUGGAUUUUGCUGCUCAAUUUUGGGCUCUACAUGGCGGACCACUUGUUUCAGAUUCAGCAAAUAAAAGCAUUCUACCUGUAUCAUGCUUUCCCUACAUGGUACCAGUUUGUGACAUCAACAUUUUGCCAUGCCAACUGGAACCAUCUUUCAAGCAAUCUGUUUUUUGUAUAUAUCUUUGGAAAGCUUGUUGAGGAGGAAGAAGGUAACUUUGCUUUGUGGAUGUCUUACAUUUUGACUGGUGCUGGGGCAAACUUGAUUUCAUGGUUGGUUCUUCCAACGUCCUCUGUGUCGCUUGGAGCAUCUGGUGCUGUUUUUGGCCUUUUCACCAUUAGUGUUCUAGUUAAGAUGUCAUGGGACUGGAGAAAGAUUCUUGAGGUUCUUAUUCUGGGCCAAUUCGUUGUAGACAAGGUCAUGGAAGCAGCACGGGCGACAACAAUCACAGGCCAAUCGUAUCAAGUAAACAAUAUUGCUCAUGUAUCAGGUGCUUUAAUUGGUGCUGCAUUGGUGUUCCUGGUCAGCAGAAUCCCCUUUUCAUCUAAUGAUGAUAGUCCCAAGGCAACAAAAAAGAGUAAAUAGAAAGGAAACUUGUUUAUCAACAACACGGUCAUCAUAACAGAGUGUUAUCAUUCAUUACGAUUUUUUUUUUAUAUGAUAGCUCUUCAUUGUUCUGGGGAUUCAGUUGUGAAAUUUCUGUUUGAAACGAGAGAUCUGUUAGGAAUAUAGUCUUUAUUCAUUACGUAUAUAUUAGUAGAGUCAUUUUCAGAUACUCUCUCAUGUAAUCUACAUAUUGCCUAAUUAGGGUUAUCAUUGAAUACAAGUUGCUAUUCCUAA